CCCUGUCCCUGCUGCAUUAUCUCCACACUGGAGACUCUCGAGAUCAUGGGAUACGCCAGGUCCUUCCGCUCCGGGAGCUGAGGCCGGGGACUCCACUGCACGUGGACGACGAACCCAUUCCCCGUGGGGUCGGUCAAGGAGCUUGUGGGGUUGCAGAGUUGCAGACCAAUCUUGAUCUUGACACAGUCACACAGCUCAUAACAUCAUAAAGGGCCAGCUUCCCCUUACGUCCCGUGGUUCAUGAGAUCGCCAUCGAUCAGACACCUGUCACACUCUCUUGUCGACUCAAGCUGUCAUCUCCCCUGGCUCCGUCGCAAUGGGUCUUCGUAACAGGAACGAAAAGAAGGGGGCCGCCGCCGUGGUUGGCCAUGAGCUCGCUGCAGUCCUCCCCAAUGAUUCUCGCCCGUGGUAUCGUACGCCGCAUCUCAUCAAGCUCAACCUCCUCCUGCUCGUCCCCCUCGUCUCCUCCGGUGCGAUUGGCUACGAUGGAUCGAUGAUGAACGGCCUCCAGACUCUCCCACAGUGGCAAACAUACUUCGGUCACCCCGAGGGCGCUCUUCUCGGUGCCAUGAACUCGGUCUACCCUGCCGGAAAGGUCGUUGCCCUCUUCCUGGUUACCUAUCUCUGCGAUCGAAUCGGACGAAAGCCGACUAUUGCGAUUGGCUCAAUUGCCUGUGUCGCAUUCGCCAUCAUGCAAGGACUGGCAAGGAACAUCAACAUGUUUAUCGCUACCAGAGCAGUUCUUGGCUUUUUCACCAGUUUCCUCGCUCAGCCUAGCCCUAUCCUCAUCACAGAGCUUGCAUACCCCACACACCGCGGCAAGCUGACGGCUUUGUACGCCACAUCCUUUUACCUGGGAUCUAUUAUUGCUGCCUGGUGCACUUACGGUACCUUCAAGCUCGACACAGACUGGAGCUGGAGAAUCCCAUCCAUGCUGCAAGGCCUCCUCCCCGCCCUCCAACUUCUCGCCAUUUUCUUCCUCCCCGAAUCGCCCCGAUGGCUCGUCGCACACGGCCGCCGAGCCGAGGCCCGCAAGAUCCUUGUGAAAUACCAUGCUGGAGGAGACGAGAACUCGGCCCUGGUGAACUUUGAGAUGGCGGAAAUCGAGGGCGCCCUUACGCACGAGGCCGAUGCCAUGUCCCAAAACUCUUGGCUCGAAUUGGUUCGCACGCCCGCAAACCGGAAGCGUACACUUAUCGCUGUCAUCGUGGGAUGGUUUGCCCAGUGGAAUGGAAUCUCUAUUGUCUCAUACUACCUAUUCCUUGUCCUCAACACGGUUGGCAUCACCGAAGGCAAAGAUCAAACGCUCAUCAACGGAUUGCUCCAAGUGUCCAACUGGAUCGCUGCCGUAUUUGUUGGAGCGAUGAUGGUUGACCGGCUUGGUCGCCGAACGCUUUUCCUGGCCUCAACGGGUGGCAUGAUGAUCAGCUAUAUUAUUUGGACGGCUCUCACUGCGCACUUCAUCGAUACGCACGACCAGACAACUGGAAAGGUUGUUGUUGCAUUCAUCUUCAUCACGUUUUUCUUCUACGCCAUCGCCUGGGCGCCGCUGCUGCAGGCGUACAUUGUCGAGAUUUACCCGUACACGCUCCGAAGCCGUGGUGUGUCCGUCAUGUACAUCACCACAUUCACAGGAUUGGUUGUUGGAAACCAAGUCAACCCCAUUGCGAUGAAAGCGAUUGGAUGGAAGUACUACAUACUCUUCUGCUGCAUCCUUGGCUGUCUUCUUUUCGUCAUCUGGUUCCUUUUCCCCGAAACCAAGGGCCACACCCUAGAGGAGAUCCAAGAGGUCUUCGAGGACAGCUCCUUCCGUGCCUAUGGAAACAGCAAGCUUGCGGAUAUUGAGGGAGGAGAUGUGGAUGAGAAGAACAGAAAGAAGGGUGGAAACGUGGACCAGGUCGAGGAUGCUUAGGUGUGCGUCAUGUAUAACAUGAAUUGCCACCGUAUGCCGAUACUCGAGGGCCUAUGACGCAUCUAUGUUGGCU